AUGGUCAUUUCUACCUGUACUCUCUCACACAAUUCCUGUUGUGACCGAUUCUCCUCUCUCUCUCUCUCUCUCUCUCUAUUCCAGGGAGGGAAAUGGAUUCCCAGAAGGACGUCGGGAUUCUCGCCAUGGAUAUCUACUUCCCUCCUACAUGCGUUCAACAGGAAGCUCUGGAGGAUCAUGAUGGUGCAAGUAAAGGGAAAUACACUAUUGGACUUGGGCAAGAUUGCAUGGCCUUUUGUACGGAGUUGGAAGAUGUCAUUUCCAUGAGCUUGACAGUUGUUACUUCCCUUCUUGAGAAAUAUGGGAUUGACCCAACACAAAUUGGUCGCCUGGAAGUGGGCAGUGAGACUGUGAUAGACAAGAGCAAAUCCAUAAAGACUUGGCUGAUGCAAAUCUUUGAGGAAUUCGGGAAUACGGACAUCGAAGGAGUUGAUUCAACAAAUGCAUGCUAUGGUGGAACUGCAGCUUUAUUCAACUGUGUAAAUUGGGUGGAGAGUAGCUCUUGGGAUGGACGCUAUGGACUUGUUGUUUGCACCGACAGUGCGGUCUAUGCUGAAGGGCCAGCCCGGCCCACCGGAGGAGCAGCUGCCAUUGCAAUGCUGAUUGGACCAAAUGCCCCAAUAGCAUUUGAAAGCAAAUAUAGAGGGACUCACAUGUCUCAUGUUUAUGACUUUUACAAGCCCAAUCUUGCCAGCGAAUACCCGGUUGUUGAUGGGAAGCUUUCACAGACUUGCUAUCUCAUGGCGGUUGAUUCUUGUUACAGACGUUUUUGUAGCAAGUUUGAAAAAUUUGAGAGGAAGCCAUUUUCAAUUUUGGAUGCAGAUUAUUUUGCAUUUCAUUCUCCGUACAACAAGCUUGUGCAGAAAAGCUUUGCCCGGCUUUACUUCAAUGACUUCUUGAGGGAUGCCAGCUCUAUUGAGGAGGAUGCGAGAGAAAAACUGGAGCCGUUUUCAAGCUUGUCUGGUGAUGAAAGCUACCAAAGCCGUGAUCUUGAAAAGACAUCCCAGCAAGUUGCGAAGUGUCUGUACGAUGUGAAGGUCCAGCCAUCAACUUUGUUACCAAAACAAGUUGGAAACAUGUACACUGCAUCUCUUUAUGCUGCGUUUGUGUCCAUUCUUCAUAGAAAGCAUAGCACUCUGGGUGGUCAACGGGUUGUAAUGUUCUCAUAUGGAAGUGGUCUAUCUUCCACAAUGUUCUCAUUCAAACUCCGGGAUGGUCAACAUCCCUUCAGCUUAUCAAACAUUGCCAGCAUAAUGAAUGUUUCUGGGAAACUCGAGUCAAGACAUAUCUUUCCACCUGAGAAGUUUGUCGAAACCAUGAAGCUGAUGGAGCAUCGGUAUGGAAGCAAGGAUUUUGUGACCAGCAACACCGACACAAGCAUACUGUCCCCAGGCACAUUCUACCUUACUGAGGUUGACUCCAUGUACCGACGUUACUAUGCCAAGAAGGCUGGGGACACCACUGCAAGUGUUGGAGCUGUCAGCUAUCAGAAUGGUUCGCUGCCCAAUGGCCACUGAUGAUGGGCCCCACAAAGCAUGGAGGUGGUGGCAAUGACUGAUGCUGGCAUUGGUUUUUGGGAUGUAAUGGCUCGGUUGGUGGGGGGG